UUUAAUAAGAUCGUCACUUUCUUUGUCCCCAAGUUGUUCAUACCUAUAAAUACGUCUCCUUACCUUCUCCUCUGUUUCAUACUCAUCUUUCCAUUUUACACAAAACCCAAAAGAGAAAAAAAGAUACUGCACAACUACAAGAACAACAACAACAACAAAAAUGAGACCAUUGAGCGUUCAUUCGAGGUUGGAAGGUGUGGCAACGCACCCCACGUUGGCAACAUCAGCCUCCGUGAAUCACCACGGAAUGGUGCCGCAAUCACCGUGGCACUCGCCGAUUCCUUACCUAUUCGGCGGCUUAGCGGCGAUGCUUGGACUAAUAGCUUUUGCGCUUCUCAUCCUCGCUUGUUCUUACUGGCGCCUGUCUUCCUCCGGCGAAGAAGAUGGUCAGAACGUCGAUGAAGAGAAAGAGAGCCGCUCUGGGGAUAAGGCGGCGAACGGAGCUUACGAGGAGAAGGUUCUUGUCAUAAUGGCUGGAGAAGACUUGCCUAGGUUUAUAGCGACGCCAGCUAUGAAAACGUGUACAUGUGGUGGUCACGAGGGUGAAAUGGUCAUUUCCAAAGAGGGUAGUGUUGUGACCGACGAGGAGGAGAAGAUGAGAGAAGGCGAAGAGAAAGUGAAAGAUACCGGCGAAGCCACUACUACUACUACUCCAAGUCACUAAGCCUUUUUGUUUAUAUAUACUUUAAUUUUUUUUUCUUUUUUGAGAGUUUUCUGGAGAAUUGUCUUUCGCAUAAGCCAUGAUUCCUAGAAAAUGUAAAUUUUACUAGAGAGCAAAAUUUUGGGUUUUUUACUUGUUCUGUAGUGUUUUAUCGUUUGCUAUAUUAAAUCCUUUUUGUUCCAAA